UUUUUUUUCUGCGGAGUGCUUUGGUGCUCGGCUCGCUCCGUUCUCCAAGCACUUUGGCAGUCAGGCCGAUGUCUCCCACGCCUGACUAUGGUACUGUCCGAGACGGCGGGUGCCAGUAAACAUUAGAUGACACCAUGCGGCAAACGAAAACGGUUCUGUGCGUGCUGGUGGCACUUCUCUUUUGCUCCACCCUCAUCUUCUACGUCUCCCUGAACCAGGUGGAUCGCGAGCAAGGUCUCUUUGCGGUUUCAGGGCAGGAGUUGAACAAACAGUCGCUGGUUUUCCACGAAGACUCGCCCGAGCAGUAUGUGCUGUCCCGAAUGGUGGACGUCCAGCGCAAGAACCACUUGCGGAACCAGUGCCGUCUGAUGAACUACUCUGACGACCUCGACUCGGUGCUCAAGGACCAGGAGUUUUUGAGUCACGUCAUCGUGGACAAGGAGCACAAGAUGCUGUACUGCUACGUGCCCAAGGUCGCCUGCACAAACUGGAAGCGCGUGUUGAUGGUGCUCAUGCAAAAGACGAACGUGACUAAGGUGCUGGACAUCACCGCUAGUCUGGCGCACAGCCAGAACAUGUUCAUGAAGCUGGUCAACUACACAACGCCGGAGGUCGAGCAAAUGCUCAAAACUUACACAAAAUUCAUGUUCGUUAGACACCCUUUGGAACGACUGCUCUCUGCUUACAAGAACAAACUGCAACAAAACUACGAAAGCUCAAAGUACUUCAAAAAGCGGUACGGCCGUCUGAUCAUCCAGAUGUACCGUCCGAACGCUUCGCCCGAGGCGCUGGAGAGGGCCGACGACGUGACCUUCCAGGAAUUUGCGUCCUACGUCUCAGACACUCAGCUGCGUCCAAACGAGCAUUGGCAGCCGGCUGCCGAGUUGUGUCGGCCUUGUGCCGUCCACUAUGACGUGGUUGGCAAGUACGAGAGUCUGAAAGAGGAUGCUGACUUUGUGCUGAGCCACGUCAGUCGAACGGUGCGCUUCCCUGAACUGCCCAAGCCGUCCAACACCAAUGCCAAUCUCAAGACCAGUUUGGACGCCCUGCCGGAGUUGCUCCUCGAACGCCUCCAGCAAAUCUACGAAGCAGACUUCCGACUCUUCGACUACCAGCCGGUGUUGUGAUAAAGAAAGACAGACACCGGCCUUUUAAAGAAAUGACAACCCAUUGUUAAUUUGCAUUGAUGUCAAAUGUGAUAUUUUGAUACUCGAAAUAGCCCAGCGCUCUCUCUACUUACGAUGGCAUUUAACAUUUUGUUUUGGAAUUGAUUAAAUGCAUUUUUUUUCUCUAUCUAACUAAACAUUAUUCAUACAAUAUUAAAUGUGAACUAGUUAAGCCAUCUUGAUGUGUUCUCCCGAGGCAGGCUAAAAAGUGGAUUUUAACCGUAGGAAUAAUGGUUGCUCUGUUUGACUACCACACGCUAAAGAUGUCAUAAAAGCACAAAUUUUUAUGCCAACUAUACGUUUUUUAAAGCAUAAUAUUUUAUCAGUGAUAAACUUAAUAAAGCUUAAGAUUGAUUUUAAAAAUCCAA